CCCACGCACAUGCACACUGAUGUCAGAGCAGUUUUUUUCUGCAGGCCUACUCAUGUAGGCUGGUGUAGUCAUCAGGUAAAUCUGACGUUGCGUGCUGUCGGCAGGUCGGCUGCUGCUGGACGUCGCCUGGCGAGGGCUGGAGCUGCCAUGCCGUUUGGCUGUUUGACACUCAGGGAGAAGAAGGAUUACAAUAAUCCCUCUGAGGUGGCAGACAAAUAUGACCUGGGACAAGUUGUUAAAUCCGAGGAGUUCUGUGAGAUCUUCCGGGCAAAGGACAGGAACACCUUGAGAAUGUACACCUGUAAAAAGUUUCACAAAAGAGAUGGAAGGAAAGUGAGGAAAGCUGCCAAGAAUGAGAUAAUGAUCUUGAAAAUGGUGAAGCAUCAUAACAUCCUCCAGCUGGUGGACGCUUUUGAAACUAAGAAGGAGUACUUCCUUUUUCUGGAGCUUGCUACAGGCAGAGAGGUGUUUGACUGGAUCUUAGACCAAGGAUACUACUCUGAGAGGGACACCAGUAACGUUAUGAGGCAGGUGUUGGAAGCUGUGGCCUAUCUGCACUCUCUGAAAAUUGUCCACAGAAACCUGAAACUGGAGAACCUGGUGUACUAUAAUCGUUUGAAGCACUCCAAAAUUGUUAUCAGCGAUUUCCAGUUGGCAAAACUGGAAAAUGGGCUCAUUAAAGAUCCAAGUGGGACUCCAGAGUAUCUCGCUCCCGAGGUGGUUGGGAGGCAGCGAUACGGACGGCCUGUGGACUGCUGGGCCAUUGGAGUCAUCAUGUACAUACUAUUAUCUGGGAACCCUCCUUUCUAUGACGAUGAUGACGAUCCUGAUAAUCGUGAUAAGAACCUUUUCCUCAAGAUUUUGUCGGGGGACUAUGAGUUUGACUCACCAUACUGGGAUGACAUUUCAGACUCUGCCAAAACUUUAGUGGCAUCUUUGAUGGAUGUUGACCAAGAUCAGCGACUGACUGCACAGGAGGCCAUAGCCCAUGAAUGGAUUUCUGGAAAUGCUGCCUCAGACAAGAACAUCAAGGAUGGAGUUUGUGCCCAAAUAGAAAAGAACUUUGCCAGAGCAAAAUGGAAGAAAGCUGUAAGAGUGACGACCCUCAUGAAGAGACUCCGUGCCUCUGAGCAGAGUGAUUCUGCUGCCUCUGGUGUUGCUGCAGGGGCUUCGGCUGACUCCAGCACACCCAGCAGUGCUCCAGCUCCUCCAUCUGGCAGCAGUCAAAGUGUUCCUGCAAACAGCGAAAAGGUUUCUGACACACAAACUGCGAACAACCCCUCACUCACCCUGCCCAGCGCAGCCAGAGAAGAACAGCCACAGCCACGAUGCAACGGCAAUGUUCUGCAAAUGUUGCAGCAAAGAAAGGAAGAUCCAGCAUCUUAAAGAAAUAAAGGAUCUUAUCAUCCAACCUGCACGGCUGCAGCACAGCCAGCGCAUAUGAUCCAGUCGUUUUGCCGUCUUUCAGUUUGUAUCUCCAGUGCAAAAUGAUCUCAGAUAACUCUGCAUUUCACAACUUUUCCCUUCAAAAGCUUCACUGUCCUUGCGUACGAGUCCCUUUAAAGCUAGUUGAAAGGUAGCUCUUCUGUCCUUUCCC